UGACAUAUGGAAUGACAAGUUCCAAUGCCUAUUACUACACCAGAGUGAUGUCUGAGCUCUUCCUGCAGACCUCUUCAGACAGCCGUGUCUCCUUCCAGUCCAUUGGCAGCAUGGCUGACUUCUGGGUGUAUGCACAAGGCCCCCUUCUGGAUAAUCUCUACUGGACAAAGUGGUAUAACAACGAGUCCCUAGCAGCACACAGCACCCAGUCAUACAUCUACUAUGAGAACCUGCUGCUGGGUGUCCCACGCAUCCGACAGCUGAAGGUGAAGAACAAUUCCUGUGUGGUCCAUGAUGACUUCAAGGAGGAAAUCUCAGGCUGCUAUGAUGUAUACUCAGAAGACAAGGAAGAAAGGGUCUCCUUUGGGCUCAUCAAUGGAACAGCGUGGAGGUACCAUUCUGAGGAGGAGCUGAGUGGCUCCUCUCACUGGGGAAGACUAACCAGUUACAGUGGGGGAGGAUACUACAUAGAUCUCAAACUGACCAGAGAAGAGAGUGCUGAAGCCCUGCAAGUCUUGAAGGAGAAACUGUGGUUGGAUCGGGGGACACGAGUUGUCUUCAUUGAUUUCUCUGUGUAUAAUGCAAACAUCAAUCUGUUCUGUGUUCUGAGGUUAGUGGUUGAGUUUCCAGCCACUGGUGGUGCCAUUCCCUCCUGGCAAAUCCGGACAGUCAAGCUUAUACGCUAUGUCAGCCCAUGGGACUUCUUCAUUGUUGCCUGUGAAAUUGUCUUCUGUGUCUUCAUCUUCUACUAUGUGGUGGAGGAGAUCUUGGAGCUGCGUAUCCACAAGCUUCAGUACUUCACCAGCAUCUGGAACAUCCUGGAUGUGGUUGUCAUUCUGCUCUCCAUCAUUGCUAUUGGGUUUCACAUCUUUCGCACCAUUGAGGUGAACAGGCUGUUGGGAGAGCUGCUGAAACACCCCGACACCUAUGCAGACUUCGAGUUCCUGGCAUUCUGGCAGACACAGUAUAAUAAUAUGAAUGCAGUCAACUUAUUCUUUGCCUGGAUCAAGAUAUUCAAGUAUAUUAGCUUUAACAAAACAAUGACACAGCUCUCCUCCACGCUGGCACGUUGUGCCAAGGACAUCCUGGGGUUUGCCAUUAUGUUCUUCAUUGUCUUCUUUGCCUAUGCCCAGCUGGGUUACCUUCUUUUUGGGACACAAGUAGAGAACUUCAGUACCUUUGUCAAAUGCAUCUUCACCCAGUUUCGGAUCAUUCUUGGUGAUUUUGACUACAAUUCCAUUGACAAUGCCAACAGGGUCCUUGGACCUAUAUAUUUCGUCACCUAUGUGUUCUUUGUUUUCUUUGUGCUCCUGAACAUGUUCCUGGCCAUUAUCAAUGACACCUACUCAGAAGUCAAGGAGGAGCUUUCAAGCCAGAAGGAUGAGCUGCAGCUCUCGGACAUCUUGAAGCAGAGCUACAACCGGACACUCAUGAAGCUGAAGCUGAAGAAGGAGCAGAUUUCUGAUGUGCAGAAAGCACUGCAGAAUGGAACAAAAAAAAUAGAUUUUGAAGACUUCAAGAACAGCUUGAAGGAACUGGGCCAUGCAGACCAUGAGAUCACAGCAGCCUUCUCCAGAUUUGACAAAGAUGGCAACCACAUCCUUGAUGAAGAGGAGCAACAGCAGAUGAAGCAUGAUCUAGAGGCAAAAAGGGUUGCUCUGAACACAGAGAUUGAAAAUUUGGGCAAAUCAUAUGGUGACAACAACCUGAAUGAAAAUCUGACCUAUGUGCAAGCAAGGAAUAACCACACCAAUAAGGCCAGCUGGGUCUCCAAAGAAGAGUUCCAAGUCCUCCUUCAGCGUGUGCUGCAGCUGGAACAGUCCAUAAGCAUCAUUGGCUCCAAGAUUGAUGCAAUGGUGAGCAAGCUAGAUGUGCUGGAAAGAAACAAGCUGAAGAGGAAAGACCUGCUGGGCAAACCACUGGAUAAUGCUAGCAAGGAAGAAGAGCCCAGUAAGGAAGAGCUGCUCCCCCAGAGCCUAGCCCAGCUGAGGAAAGAAGAAGCAGAGUGUUGUGGGAUAGAACACACAAAAGGAAACAACCUGAGUGGCAGCUCUUCCCAAAAUGAGAUCUAUCCCAUCUUGCCCAGGUCAAGUGUGCUGGGGUCUCAGGUGCCCAAGAAAACACAGCCACACUCUGAUGUGUGCUUCUAG